AACGGCUUCUGUGUCGUUUCUUAACGCGAGAACAGAGCACGGGAUUUGUGAAGGCUGGGGUUUUCAUUCAUCAUUCCGAGGUUAGAAGAUGGCCACUCCGGAUGUACGGCUCAAUCAUACAAUCUACAUCAACAACUUGAAUGAGAAAAUCAAGAAAGAUGAGUUGAAAAAGUCGCUGUACGCCAUCUUCUCACAGUUCGGACAGAUUUUGGACAUCUUGGUCGCACGAAACCUGAAGAUGAAGGGUCAGGCCUUUGUUAUUUUCAAAGAGAUUAACAGCGCUUCCAAUGCUCUGAGAUCCAUGCAGGGAUUUCCUUUUUACGACAAACCCAUGCGUAUCCAGUAUUCCAAGCAGGACUCAGACAUCAUAGCUAAAAUGAAGGGGACUUAUGUGGAGCGUGACCGUAAAAAAGAGAAGAAGAAGGUCAAAGGAGCUGAUGCAGCGGGGGCUAAGAAGGGUGUACCGGGAGCUGCUGCACCCAUGGUUGCUGGGGUACCUGCUGCCAUGCCAGGAAUGCCUCCUAUGAGCCAGGCUCCCCGUAUGAUGCACAUGCCAGGCCAGCCGCCUUAUAUGCCCCCUCCUGGCAUGAUGCCUCCCCCGGGGAUGGCACCUGGUCAGAUGCCCCCUGGUGCCAUGCCUCCUGGCCAGAUGAUGCCCGGACAGAUGCCUGGACAAAUGCCCCAGCAGAUUGCAGAGAAUCCUCCCAAUCACAUCCUCUUCCUCACCAACCUGCCAGAGGAGACAAACGAACUCAUGCUCUCCAUGCUCUUCAACCAGUUCCCCGGGUUCAAGGAGGUGCGUCUGGUCCCUGGUCGCCACGACAUCGCCUUUGUGGAGUUUGACAAUGAAGUGCAGGCCGGUGCUGCACGAGACGCACUACAAGGCUUUAAGAUCACACAAGCAAAUGCUAUGAAGAUCUCAUUUGCUAAGAAAUAACACCUCAAGACCGUUUCUUCUUACACGCUCACACACACAGGUCUUUUUAAAAAAUAUACAGCAGUGACCCGAACUAAAACAUUUUUAGAAUUUGACAUUUGCUGAUCAGUACAGCACGGACGGUGUUGUUUUUUUUUUGUUUUUUUUUUCUCCUCGGGAUUACAUGUAAGUAUACAUACAUUUUUUGCAUCAAGUUGCUGUGUUUUGUCGUGCCACACUGACAGAACUCAUGACAUAAAGUAAUGGUCAGGUAAAUUUAUGGAGGAGUUCUGCAUCCCUGAUACAAAUUCCACAAAGGUCACAGCUGGUUUAUCUUUUUUUUUUUUUUAGCUUUAUACUCAAACCCAUGAGCAACUUGAUGUGUAUUCUGUUUGUUAGAUGUUUUUUUACUGUUUGUCAUAAAGCAUUGCACCCAGUGUCUGGUCUGCCAGACAUUGUACCUGGAGCUUUUUCUUUUUAUAAUUAAAACUUCUUUGAGAUGGUG